ACAGAGGAUGUGGCUGCUGUCGGUGCUGGUGCCUCUUCUCAGGCUCUAUUACUGCGGAAUCAAAGUUCUCAUCUAUCAGAUGUUCAACAGAUCUUUUACUCUACCAGGUUCUCAAUAGGUGAAGACAUCCAAGUGAAUUGCUCACCAAAGGAACCAAUGGAGGGUAAAAGUUCAGGACCUUCAUGCUCUGGCCUCAAUCUGGUUGCACACCCACGGGCAAAAAGCAAAGUCUGGAAAUACUUUGGCUUUGACACAGAUGCAGAUGGCUGCAUAUUGCACUGGAAACGAAUAUACUGCCGUGUAUGUAUGAGUCAAAUCGCUUACUCCGGAAACACCUCCAAUCUUUCGUACCACCUUGAAAAAAACCACCCUGUAGAGUUCAGCGAGUUCGUGAAAAGCAACACGGAUCAGAUGCGCGAGGCUUUUGCCACAGCAUUCUCCAGGAUAAAGACUGAACCUUCAGGUCAUAAUGUCCAGCAACAACCCCAGGACACAAACUUAAGGCAGAAUUUAGACUACGAAAACAGACGACACAAUGAUCUGACAAUAGCGGUCAUCAACUUCAUCUGCGAGGGGCUGUACCCUGUGUCCGUAGUGGAGGAGCCUACUUUCAAGACCUUAAUGAGUACCGUCGAUCCUGGGUACUCUCCACCAAGCAAAAGUGACCUGGCAGGUAAAAUGCUUCCUCAAAUGUACUGCCGUACCCGGGACACGGUCUUUCGUGAGCUUGCUGGUGUUGUGAACUGUGGCGUUACUACCGACCUUUGGCAAAGCCAAACCCAGAACCGGACAUACAUUUCACUCUCUAUGCAUUCAGUUAAUUACAAUAGUAUAUCUGGCUUCUCUAUGACCAACAAGUGUCUUAAAACUUUUGAAGUACAAGAAGACAACACAGCUGAGAACAUCACCAGAGCGAUGUAUGAAGCUUUUGUUGAAUGGGGUAUCACUCAUAAAGUCAGUGGCGCCACCACAAAUGGUUCAGUGGACAUUGUGAAAGCGUGCUCGCUCCUGGAACUCUCCGUGGAAAUGCCUUGCCUGGGACAUACCAUCAACCGCGCAAUGGACGAAGCCUUCCAGCUGCCGCGGGUCGACAGCUUUUUGGGGUGUUGCCGCAAACUUGUCGAUCAUUUCAGAGAACCGUCAAUGUAUCUGCUGAGGGAAAAACAGAGGCAACAUGGCCUCUCUCAGUGUGCUCUCAUCGCAGACAGGGGUAGGUCUUGGUUGGCUACCUUGGUGAUGUUACAAAGACUGAAAGAGCAGCAGGUUGCUGUAACUGCAACACUUAUAGAGAGUUCCAGCAGUCAUCCUUUCAACAUUGACGGCCCCGAUUGGGCCUUGUUGGAGGGCUUGGUUGAAGUCCUCCAGCCUUUUAAAGUCGUGGCAAACAUGAUCACUUCUUGCAGAUACCCAACCAUUAGUAUGGUUAGACCUGUUCUUCAUAUGCUGUUGAACACCACCCUGAAGAUCAAGGAAGGGGACCUUAAAGAGAUCAGCAUGUUCAAAGAGGUCAUCUCAAAGGUCCUAUCAAGCACCUAUUCACAGAAUACACAGCUAUCGCAAGAAAUUUCCACAUUCCUCAACAUUGCUACAUUUUUGGAUCCUCGGUACAAGAAGCUGCCCUUCCUGUCCACUCAGGAGCGUUCCAAAGUUGAGAGUAACAUCAUAGAGGAGGCAAAAGCAAUCCUUGAGAAGCAGAUCGUGGAGCGACCAUGUGUAGAUGACUUUUCCUUGGUAUCUGAAGAGCCACCGAGCAAAAAGCAGGCGACUCUAAGAGCAAGCAGUGCGAACCAAGACAACCCUUUGGCUGCCAUAUUUUGUCAGUCUGAUGCAGACCAGAGCCAUGAGGAACUGAAUGCACAGGUGGUAGAGGAGCUGAGUAACUACAAAUCUCAAAGAGUCCUAGGUCUAAAUGAAGACCCUUUACUGUGGUGGUCCAGUCAUGCACUCCUGUUCCCCACGCUCCCAAAGGUGCUCCAGAAGUACUGGUGUGUUCCUGCUACAAGUGUACCUUGUCACCGGCUGUUAAGCUCUUCUGGGGCUGUUCUGUGUGGGAAAAGGAACCGCAUAGCACCAGCUUUAGUAGAUCAGCAGGUCUUCUUGUAUGAGAACUCACGGAGCUACUAUGAGCCUGAACCCUGUGAUGAUGAUUUGGACAAUGUUUGGGAAGGAAACAGUAGUCUGGGCCAGCCACUUGAAUGACUGACUGUGUGCUUAAAAUUGCUAAAAGGCAAGGAUUUUGAUGACUUUAUUCCCUGCAUUAAAGCAUUAAAAAAGGUCUGUAACCAGUGCUAUGAAAAUGUACGAGUUCUUUGAAUUUUGACCUAUAUAUGAAAAGAGUUUGGCCUAUAUUGUCUAUGAAUGCUUACUUAGGAAAGUGCACUGUAAAGCUUUUCAGUGUAAAUUUACAGUAAUUCACUGUAAAUAUCUUACUGUAUUUAAGAAGUACAGUUUAUUAGUAGAAAUACAUUUACAGUAUAUUACUGUAUUCUUUAUUUACAACACAUAAUGCUCAGUUUUGUAGGUAAAUUACUCAAUAUUAACACUACACUGUAAAACUUUUCAGUGUAAAUUUACCGUAAAUUCCUGUAAAUAAUGGCAUUCUCAAAGUGCUGUGGUUCAAGAAAAAAUUGUUAGUGAGUCUUACAGGCUUUGUUAAACUUUGUUUUAUUUUUAACACUACCAGGCUGCUCUUGUCUAAUGCUAAGCUAGGCUAACCAUGUCCUGACUAUGUACUUAGCACACAAAAAUUAGAUAAAAAUCAUCUCAUGUCAUUCUCAGAAAGAAAAACCUACAUGAUGGAAUGAGUGUAUUAAAGCCUAUAAAGCAGCUUCACAUACUUUUCUUUUUCUGUUGCACAAAUGAGAGAAAGAUUUUCAACUAGAAUAGAUUACAUCACAUUCAUUUAUUAAUUUAUUGUACAGAAAAUGUAGGUGACAUUACAGCAGAACCAGCCCUGAUAUCUCUAUAUUUUACAAGCAAAUUAAGGAAUUCAUAAUACCUUAAAAAAUAUCUCAUUGAUUUAACUUUUUGAGUAUUGUUUGGGGUGAAUAUAUGCCUAUUAUGUGAAUAUUGCAGCAUUAGCAAUGGAUGAGUCUUGUUGUGUACAACACAAACUUGUACAUA